CAGUGGCGACAGAAAGUCGGGGGAAUUGACCCAUCAUUAUGCGGGGGUGAAAGCAUCGACAAGUGUUUUCAUUUCAAACAAAACCUUUGAAGUAUGAAGACGAAGCUGUACUUGAGGGGAGUGCGGUCUUCUUGCAACACUCGGCUGUCUUGCCCUCUGUCAUCCAGUUCUAUUUUGUACAUCAUUCAGUAUUGUCAAACAGAUCUGUUUCAAUUAGUGUUUGUCACUGGUGAUCCACCACAUGGUCAACAUGAAGAGUUUUGCUGCUCAUUUGCUGUGAAGGAUCUUACAACUCUUGACAUCUCAUUUGCCCAAUGGGAAGAAAUACCACAGCUGUUGAGAAAUGUGUCUCUGCCAUCCCUACUUCAGAGCAAAAUGUCUUUGGUUCGCUCUGGUCAGUGUGUGCUCUUGCGUCACAUCAUCAAAGAGGCGCAUUCUGCGGCACCAGACUCACAUCUGAUUGACCUUCUGGGUUUUCGCCAGGGGAGUAUGAAAAUGUGUGCUGAAGUCUCUGGCUGGACAAAGCUGUGCGAGGUAGAGCUUGCUUCAUCAAUUGGUUCUUUAAUCAAGCAACUGUCAAGUUCUUUUUCGAAAAAUGAAAACUCUGCUGCCGACCAGAGUUCUCAAGUCUUGACAUUGCCCUUAGAUCUCGUUAAGCUGGAAGGACACUUUAGCAAAAAAUGCCGCAUUCACAAUGAUGAUCGUAAACGUCGGUCCGAGCUCAGCGGACUUAAGAAACACCUGAGUCAGUGUGACCUGAAUGAGAUUAAAAACUGUAACAUAUCCCAUGAAAGAGGGGAUAAGAGCUUUUCAGGUUUAGAAAAUAACAAGGCGACUGAAAGUUUGGUUGGAAUAACUCCUAAUGGCAAUGGAGCUGAAUCAAAGGAGCCUUUAUCAAAAAUAGAAAUUGAGAAUCUUAUAUUGAACAGAGCUCGUCUGUAUAUAGAACAGGUUAAUCAUCUCCACCAUGGGGUUCGUAAGUUUAAAGUUGACAAAAAGCUUUGUGGAGAAGAGGUUGAGACUCAUUCUACUGAGUUGUCAGUCAGCGGAAGUCAACCAAAAGAUUCCUGUAUACCUAUGUCGGAAUUAGAAUCAAAAUUUGGACUUGUGAAGCUGACUGACUGUCAGACCACAGGGAUGCAGAGUCUUUCUACCCCAAGUGACGCCCACAAAGAAACUGAUAGCAUUUAUGGAGACAGAGAUCUGUCUGAGGCAAUGGGCACACUGACUUACCUGGACAUCCAGUACGUCCACUUAUAUUCCGAGGGAAUCGAGAUGACUGUUGCUGACCUUAUCUUACUGGCUUAUGUCUAUCAUUUGACGAAAGCUUUGAAGUUCAACUGCAGCCCCCUUAUGUGUCAUAUUCCCAACAUUCUAAGGUGGGCUGACCACAUGGUCUCUUUGCGGUCAGUUAGAAGUGCAGGAGAAAGACUCGGUUGGUUCAUGGAAAAAUUCCAAGAUUCGCUCUUGAGAAGGCAGUCCGACUUGUCUCCCGACGGGGUGGAUUGCAAAGAAUUCUCAUUUCUUCCUGCGGUGGACUCCACUGUGGAUGAAGAUGAAAUGGAACUGAGUCGCUGCGCUAAAGUGAAGCACAAAGCCAUAAAACCAGAAGUACUCCUGACUCUGAAGAAACUUGAGAAUUCAAGUGUGCAAGCAGUGACAGGAAGCCAUCCGUGCGGGGAGAGUGUGCAGGUGGAUUGGAAUAAUUUGCCCCCUGGGGUGCAUCCAAAGGAAGGAGAUGUCCCUGAGAAGAGAACUCGCCGCAAGUGUCAGCAGCUAGAGAACUUGGUGACAGCUGUCCAGUCUGUGGCCAAACCUGGAGACAUUAUCGUCGACUUUUGCAGCGGAGGGGGUCACUUGGGCAUUGUCAUUGCAUACUUACUCCCUGAAUGUCAGUGCAACUUGGAUUACUUCGUGGGAAAGUUCCAUGUCGGCGUCUGUCUUCACGCCUGCGGCUCGGCCACAGACAUGGUGCUUCAGCUGUGUCUCAACGUAAAUGCCGCCUUUGUUAUCUGCCCUUGCUGCUACGGCAGCAUUCGGAAAACUCAUUUGCUGUCCUAUCCCAGAAGUGACCGGUUCCUCAGCAUUAGCCUCACCUACAAGGAUUUCUUGACCCUUGGUCAUGCAGCUGACCAGACAGAGUUCAACAUUGCUCUUGAAACCCAAGGGCGAACGUGUAUGAACCUUGUGGACACUGACCGAGCUGAGUUUGCCAGGCAGCAAGGCUAUCAGGUCUGUCUGUGCUCCUUGCAACCACUCAGCUGCUCACCCAAGAACAACUUGUUGAUAGGAGUACCGAGUCAACGGUCAUUGUGAUCAGCUGGUUGAUAGUGACUUCGGGGCAAGGGUGUUUUGUCUUGAGUGGCACUUGUGUGUGAGGGAGGGAGGGGAAGAGGGGAGGGCGACAAAGAGACAGUGAGAGAGGGAGAGAGACAGACAGAAUGAGAGAGAGAGAGAGUGUGUCUUCUGAUAGUCUAUUGCUUUGCCUGUGGCCAUGGUUGUAUGAGACAAUUCUCUGACAAUAUUAUUAAUAUGGCUGUUAUAAGGAUUUUCAGUGCAUGUCUUUGUGACACUAUGAGUUGCAACUGUCUUGUUGCUCAGGAGAGUAAAGAAAAUGUUUUGUGGUACAUGAGGGUAGUAAGAAAAUGUUAUGUCCUUUAAUGAGACUGUUUGAAAAAAAGAAAAUAAAUUCAUUUCAAAUCUA